UUGCUCCUUUCUAGUUUUUUCGUUAUAUGUAAUUCCAUUUAAAGUUUCAUCGCGAUGUCGUUUUUAGCUAAAUUAGUUUUGGGUUCGUCUUGCUUAUUUUCUGUUACUGUUAUUAGUUAUGUACAUUAUAAACAAUCUGCGGAUAGGCAACAAUUAUAUGAAGGUGUCCUUCGUGAUAAUGAGAGAAGAAAACGGAAAUCAGAGAAUGUUCAUAUAUUACAACAACAACAACUGUUAACAGAGCAACUAAAGAAGGAGGCGUUGUCAGAAGAAACUACUUGAUUGUUUUUUAAUUGUUUAAUUCAUUGUAUAUAGCGUUCUUGAAUAAAUUAGGAAAAAAAUA